AUGCGAAUUCGUAUGAAGUUGGAGCCAACGCUGAGAGAUGCUAUCAGAGUGCAAGUCGUGAUAGCCCCUCCAGCAGAUUGGGGAGCAUUUUUGAGCGGCUGGUCCGGGUCGAAGUUGGUGACACUUAUCCCUGGUGUUGCGGAGGAGUUGACGGGUCUAGCAGUUGUUGGUAUUAAGGCUGGCCCUGUGCGUAUGCAGCAUUUGGUUCGAGCAUCACUAGUAUCUCAGCAAAGUGGCAAGGACCUUCCCGAUGUAGAAGGAGGAGUUACGAUUGACAAUUUCGAUGCUAUUGAUCUCUUUGUUCUACCUAGCAGGGCAGAUGUGCCGAUUGAACGGGAAACUGUUUAA